UUUGAGGAACACUACAUCAUAAUGUCUGAGCCAAUCUGGGAAGAAAUUUACGAGAAGCUGCCAACUCGAGCCGAUCAGCGAGAUGAAAGGUUUGCUAUGUUCGACACCUUCGACCCUAACGGCAACGGCAUCCUGUCUCUGGCUGAGGUAGACAAGGCUAUCAGGGAUGUCCUCGCCAUUGACGAGAUCUUCGAUGCCAAACCAGCCAUCAUGAGAGCGUUCCAAGCUGCCAAAGCAUGCGGCAAAGGAAGAGCUGAUAUCGGCGAUGACUACAUCGAGAAGUUGGAGUUCAAACGGUUCCUUCUUGGACUUAGGAUGUACUUUGAGUACUGGGUUGCCUUUAAGAGGAUAGACGAAGAUGAUGACAGGAGAAUCUCUUUUGAAGAGUUCAGUGAAGCCGAGGAGAUCAUGAAGAAGUGGAUCACAAACUUUGGUGAUCUCCAAGAAGAGUUCGAUACUAUCGAUGAGAACGAUGGUGGUAUGAUUCUCUUCAUUGAGUUUUGUAAGUGGGCCAUUGCUAAGAGUCUUGACUUGGAGGACGAUGACGAAUAGAGGUUACCAUCGAAUAAUAGACGAUAACUGACGGCAUAAUUACCGUUUUGGUUUAGAACCAUAUUUAUUAUUUAUGGACUUGAUGACAGAUAUAUUUAACUAAGAAUUCUUAUCAGUAAAGUUGUUAAUUAAUUUGCCGCCUGUCGAAGAUAUUUUAGUGAUUUUUGUCUUCAUUCAAGUUAUUUGUAUUCAUUUUGGAAA